ACAGAAGUAUCCAUUCAUGUUGAUGCUUUGUGUCAAAUGUUGAUACAACUGUAACUAAGUUACUUCCCCUUUAAAGUGGUGUUGGGUGGAGCUGCAAAGGAAGUGAAAUGUCUAUGCGAGUCUUGCCUACACAGAAAGAACCCCAGCCCUGCUACUUUGAUGAACAACAACCCAAAAUAGCCAUAACUGACCAGCCAGUCCAGCGGCAUAGAACAAGUUCCAAACUGAGACGGUGCUGGGGGGCUGGAGGAGUGCUGGUGUCAUGGUGAACAAUGUUCCGGAAGGUCAAAAAGCAUCGCAGCAGCUCCCAAAGCAGUAAGAUCAGUACCAAGAUCAAGGGCGUUCUGCAGAGCCACCCUCUCUACCUGAGUGUGAGGAUGCUGUGUUAUGAUGACGGCCUGGGGUCUGGGAAGAACCUGCUGGCUCUCAAGACCACCGACGCCAAGCAGCAGGAGUGUAGCAUCUGGGUGUACCAGUGGAGCAGCGCGGUGAGUGUCUGUGAACAAGGCCAGGCCAUCUGCAGGUGUUGUCCGACUGUGUGCUGACAUCAGAGAAGUCCUGAAGAGCAGUUGCCCUCAGGGACGUGGUGGAGACAGGAAGCACCAUGAACCAGUCGGGAGCCUGGAAAACAUAGUUUACAGCAGGGUCACAUCAGGGGCGUAGCACAGUCCGCAAGAUUUGAGCAAGGCUCCCAAUCCCAGUCAUGGGGCAGAGAGAAAAAUGUGCAGUUGUAUAGCUAAUCUCAUGCUAUUUAACACAUUUUGCCAUGAGGCUGAGAGAAAAUGUUGCUGUUUUAGAGCUCAGGGAUUCUUGAAAGACGGGACAAUCUCAACUUUCUUAAACAGCAUUUUAAAUAUAUAUUUUGAAAGACCAAAGUAUCAGCUAUCACACCAUGUAAAGGAACAACCUAUUUAAAAAAAUUUUUUUUUUUAAAUAACAUGUUUUCAUAAAAUGUCUACUCUGUCAGACACCAUACAUGGCAUUUCACUUACAAUUGUUGUCCAACAAGUGUUUAAAGGCCUUGAUUGUUUCAUUCUAACAUUUGAUUAUUCAAAUCUGUAAUACAAAUCUCCAAACUU